AUUUUGUUUUGAUUAUUAUCCUUAUUAUUAUCAAUAAUUCAUACAAAAAAGCCGCAUAUACAAAAAAGUGAUAGUGUAACGUGAUUUUUUUGGUUUAUUAAAUUAAAUUCAAAAGUUUGUUGGUCUACCGAAAUGGACAAAGAAGAUAUUUGCCAAAUAUGCAACACCACCGUAUCUAAAUACAAUUGCCCCCGGUGUAACAUUCUGUACUGCUCGUUACCAUGCUACAAAUCUGAACAGCAUCUCCAGUGUUCGGAAAGCUUUUAUCGGGAAAAUGUUAUCCAAGAAAUUGCUCUCGUUCGGAAUGAUCAGGAAUCUGCUGAAUCGUCCAAAGCGAUGAUAGACAUUCUGGGACGACUGGACGAGACAGCUGGGCUACAAUUUAACGAAGAUGAAGAGAGCGAUAAUAACGAGGAAGUUGAUUCUGACGAUGGAGAAAAUAUUCGGAGUUUGGCUGAGAGGCUUGGGGUUAUUAAUUUGGAUAAUGCGGAUGCAGUUUGGCAACAACUAACUGAUGAAGAACGAAAUGAGUUUCAGAACAUGCUGGAAAGCGGGGACAUCAGCCAGAUUAUGCCAAUAGUAGAGCCUUGGUGGGAACGGCCAUAUCAGGUAGAACUGAUACAAUCAGCAAGUGGAAACAAACUGUCUGCUGGAGAAAGAAAUCUCAUAGAGAAGUGUCCGCCAAUCAAAAAGAGCAUCAAAGGUUUCAAAGAGAUUUGUAGUAAAGAACCUUCCCCGUUGAUGAAAUACAAUGUGGCUAACGUUUUGGCUGCCUACGCUCUUACUUUCCGUUAUUUUAACGGAGACUUCAAGGAAUGCACCAGAGAGGCGGUCAAUUGUUUGGUUUCGAUUUGCGGAAACUUAAAACAUAACACUGUUUACGAUUCCGAAAAGUUAGCCGUUGCGUCGGUAUGUAGCGAAUGCCAGCAGGAACAGCUUCCGGUCGAUAAUGAAACAAGCAUACUAUUAGCGCAAGAUGUAAAGCAGCUCUUUGGUGGUCCAAGUAAUUGCGGAGAUAAGUACCGGAAACACUUUGUUAUGACUGCUCUUUCAGAUGUUCAUCAUUUGCUAGGAUUGGUCAGAAAGGCAGACAAACGCCCGAACGAAUUUGAAAAGGCUACCAGAGGAGAAUUCAGCAAAAAAUUUAGCGACGAAAUUGGUGAUUUAAUUUAUAUUGAAAGCGAUAGGCUUAAAAGUUGUAGCAAAAAGAUUGACUUUAUGCUUUCAUACGCUAAGGACUACUUGUAGUUAACUGGUUGUAACCGUUGUAACUGGUUGUAAAUAAAUUAUAUAGCUUUGACAACAA